GGCGGCGGAGGGGCCACGACGGCGGCGGCUGCUGCCCUGCUAGCUCCGGCACGGCGGGACCGGAGACCAGCAGUCCCGGCGUCAAUGUUGCUGAAAAGUGCCUUUCCUGAAGCCGCCGCUGCUUGGAUCGCUGCCUCGGGCUGCCUCCCUCUGCCCCGCGCCCCCCGCUCUGUUUAACCGGCGUCGCUUGCGGUCCGCGCCCCGACGGCAGCGCCUCCAGCCUCCCCGCGGGUUUCGGUUCCGCUCCACAUUCACACGCAGCUCGCUCAGCCAUUUUAAUUCGGUUUUAGUUUGCUCCUGCCCCCGAGUAUGUAGCAAAUAUCGAAAAGAAAGAGGAAAAAAACCACCCCACAAAACGAAAGAAAUCAGACGUCCUUUUGCUCGUUUUGAUGCUCGCGAACCGUAAUUUUUAGAAGCAAGAAAUAGAAGGAAAAAAAUACCCCCAGAAAACGAAGUUUUCUCCCCAAGGACCGAGACCAUUCCACAAACUGAAGUGCUGCCAACAGCAUAUGCUUUUUGCAAGAAUAAUUGAAACCAUUAACUGGAGAGCACAGAAUCCUUUUGAAAGUCUGCCAGUUCUUUGCAAGUAACUCCGGCAGUGGCACAAAAUCUAACACUUGUAUUUUAACUUCUACAAUUGCACUUUUAGGAGCUGGCCUCUCAUUUGAUUUUCAGUUGUUCUGAUAAGAUUUCUAUUUUAUGAUUGGCUUUAUGUUUAAUUCUUGUUUCGAGAAACACGAUUUGACUUAAAUGAAAACCUAAGUGCUAAUGAAUAGGAGUUCUACCAAAGCAACAAGUUAGUUAUUUCUUCGUGUUUAACUUGAAUUCACUUUUUUACCCGUUUUUUUAAACAAACAAGAAGAAACUCAAGCGGCUCAGCAGUACCUGGUGCCCCAAGGAAGGGUGCCCUCGCUUGCUUGGUCACUUUUGGUUUUUACUAUGGCUGUAAACGUUUCCCUGGUGCGGGAUACGAAGUGGCUGACGUUAGAAGUGUGUCGGGAGUUUCAGAGAGGAACUUGUUCUCGGUCUGAUGCAGAGUGCAAGUUCGCCCAUCCGUCACGGAGUUGCCAUGUGGAAAACGGUCGAGUUAUUGCCUGCUUUGACUCCCUAAAGGGCCGGUGUACCCGAGAGAACUGCAAAUAUCUCCAUCCUCCCCCCCACUUGAAAACACAGCUUGAGAUAAACGGCCGCAACAACCUGAUCCAACAGAAGACAGCCGCAGCCAUGUUCGCUCAGCAGAUGCCGUUCAUGCUUCCAGGUGCCCAGCUACAGCCCAUUACAACGUUUCCUGUGACUCCAUCGCUUGCAACAAGCCCCACGAUGGCUUUUAGUCCCUACCUGAGUCAUAUUUCUCCUGGGAUGGGAUUGGUUCCUGCAGAGCUGUUACCAAAUACUCCUGUCCUGGUUUCUGGAAAUCCUACUGUUACAGUACCAGGAGGCUCUGCUGGGCAGAAACUGAUGCGUACGGAUAAACUGGAGGUGUGUCGGGAGUUCCAGCGUGGGAAUUGCACGCGUGGUGAGAACGAUUGCCGCUAUGCUCACCCCAUAGAUAUCGCAAUGAUAGACACAAAUGAAAACACUGUCACAGUCUGCAUGGAUUACAUCAAAGGCCGAUGCUCUAGGGAGAAAUGCAAGUACUUUCAUCCCCCUGCACACCUGCAAGCCAAAAUCAAGGCAGCUCAACACCAGGUGAACCAGACAGCUGCAGCUGCAAUGGCCCUGCCGCCUGGUGCACUUCAACCUUUACCAAAGAGGCCAGCACUUGAAAAAAACAAUGGUGCCACCACAGUCUUUAACCCAAGCGUUUUCCACUACCAACAGGCUCUAGCCAACAUGCAGUUGCAACAGCCUGCAUUCAUCCCUACAGUGCCCAUGAUGCACGGUGCUACGCCCACCACUGUGUCUGCAGCAACAACUCCUGCCACCAGCGUCCCCUUCGCUGCAACAGCUACCGCCAAUCAGAUAUCCCAGUUAUCAGUAGAUGAACUGAGUAGCAGCAUGUUUGUUUCACAGAUGUAGAAGUUCCCAAUAGAACACAGAUCAUGUUGAAAUUCUGAACAGUAAAAGUAUGGAGCACCAGGACUUCUUGGUGGAAAGCUGCGCAUGGCCUUUCUGUAUAUAUCCCCUCUUCCCUCUCUCGUUCUCUACCACCUCUACAGUAAGCCUGUUGCAGCCUACAUGUUAACCAAAAACUGAGCAAUGGGAAUGUCAAAAAAACCCAGAAAAGACAAAAAAAAAAAGCACUAUAGAAACACUUAACAAACAGCGCUCUGAUAUACGAGAUAUACCAGUAGGAAAUUAUAAUAGACUUUUGUAACACAUAACUUUAACACACUUAAUCAUUUUCUGACUACCAUCCUGAGAAGUGCAGCUGCACAGCGGACUGUUGGUUUACUGUAUACUAUCGAUGGAUAAAUGUUUGUCUUGUUUUUAAAGUGUUAUCUUCCUGUUUUGUUUACAUCAUAGUCUAUUGAUUUGUUUGGAAGUGUACAUCAUUAUCAAGUAUACUCAGUACCAUCUUUUCAUUAUUGUUAUGUCUUAAGUUUUCAUAUUCUGUAGGUUUUAUGGGGUUUUGUUUGGUUUUGUUUUUUUUUUACUAAAAAUGUUAUUGUGGGAAACAGGAAUUACGUGCUGGAAAACCACGACACAGGAAUGUUCUGCCCUUUGCUGGAGUUUGCUGUUAGCAUCAGCUAAAGAUGCUCAUGUUAAAUGCUUCUUCUAAGCAUUUAAAAUUUGCCUUCAGAUAGAGUGUUCAAACUUGUAGUACAAGGGAUGCGAAAGGACAGUUGUCAUUUCAGUCCAGCUCAGGGUAUUUCUUUCAGUACAGUGAGCUGAUUCUGGAAACCUAUUGGGGAAACCCACACGUAAAAUCCCAGGUUCAGGAAUGAUUGGCUCAGCUGGUGAUAAGCAUCAAGGGAUUUCUGCAGUUCUGUUGUCCAUGGAAGUGCAUUCUCAGCUGCAAACUGCGCACAAUCUCUCAUGGUGCAGUGAAAACAAAAGUAAAAGGUGUGAGGUGAGACAGCUUCAGUUGGGUAAAAACUUGUGUUGGAGAGGAGCUGGAGUGGGCCAUAGCCGUGACUUAGCCCAAACUGGGUAAUGCCAUGCCCAGUGGCUUGUCUUCACUGAGCAUGCUGAAACAUUUCAGCCUGAAAACUGAGGUGUCUCUCCUUGAAAUGCUGUCAGCGUGCACCAGUUCUUUACUCACCAUUUUCCAUAAGUGGGUGAUUUUUUUUCCCUGUGAUCUCUGGCCCUCUAAAGCAAACACAGCAGUGACAAAGCAGGAAAAAGCUCAGCAUAAGCUUCCUACCGUAGAUAAAUGUUCAUCUUAAUGGAGCUCCUGUAGGUCAGUGGAUUUAUUUUGGCACCUUCUACUUGAUCAAGAGCAAUGUUUGCCUCACAACAAGGGCUAGUUCUCAAUACCUCCUUUUCUGACACAUGAAUAAACUGAUUUCCAGCCCGUGCACCCUGGACAGUCCAGCCUGUUACGCUGUAUUGCUGAACAAUCUGGCUGCAGAAUGCAUUUUGGUUGAGGAUACAACCAAAUUCAUCCCUGUCAUAGCUCUACCAUAUCAUUGGCAUUAUGGAAGAGAUGGAUUUGCUGCUGUAAAUCCACAAACUCCAUAGGAGGAGAAAGAAAAUGGUGAUUGAAACCAAGCAGGAGGCCAGCUCCCAGCAUCUGGGGGGGCUGGCCAGCCCAAGCUCGUGGUGGUCCUGUGGGGUGCCAAAUUCUGUCAAACCAGGUUCUUUUUUCUUUUCCAAGCUCCUUGGCCUUGGUUGGAGACUUUCAUUGCCCCCUCCUCUCCAGUGUGAGCAUGGAUAGUUUGCUAAAUGUGCAUCUCCAUGGAUCACAAGUGAUAGAGGGGCACGUAGGGCACAGCCAGUGUGUCCCAGCGCAGGCUCUGACCUUCUGCCCGUGGAAAGCCAUUCAUGGCAAGAACUUUUGAAGAGCCCAGCUCUAAAAGGCCUUCAGCAGGCUUUGAAACAAACCCUGAGAGAGGGGGAAAAACUAUCCCCAACCCAGGAGCUCCUUUAUGAACCCCAUGUUUGGACAGUCACUUGUCCAUAGCUGUUCCCCUGCCAUCAGCAUCCCUAAGCAGCAGCGUUGUCUGAAAUCAGUGACUCCCCUUUGUGUUGGCGACCACAUCCCUGUUCUUUUCACCACUGAGUUUCUGUUUCCCAAAAACCAUAACAUUGUUAGUGGAAAAAGUGGAUUUGAGUACUUCCUGUUUGAAAUUAUUUGUGUAUCAAACAAAUGGGUUUUGCACAACCUGUGCCAGUGCCUCAACAAAGAACAGAACUGAUCUUCUUAAGCCAGAAAGGAUGCAUUCAAGCUUGUAUGGCUUUAUGAGUUGAAGGAGGUUGGAAUUUUUUCAGUGCUAAAAGGAUUUUUGUAUAUCUUGACACUUUGAUGUAACCUCCUCUUUUAUUUAUCGACUUCAACAUCUGGCAUAGAUGUGCAUAGAAUGUAAACCUAGAAUACAGCUGUUUCCCUGUCACAUUUAAAGCACUGAAAAAAAAGAAGAGAAAGAAAAGUGUUUAAGGAUUAUUUUUUAUUAAAGAGGUCCAAUGAGGGAUGUUCAGGGUAGUUAUUAGGUGCCACAACAGUUUUUAUAUUGCUGGCAAAUUUAGAGUUAAUUUGUAAAUGAGUUUAAGGAAAGAAAAGCUUGAAGCACUAAACUUCACCAAAUUCAAAACAAUCUCGGCACCAAUGCCGCUUUGAGGUAGCACUAUUUAAACUAGUUGUGCAAUGAACUUGCUCUAAUUUUCUUUGUUCAAGAAAGAAAAGAAAAAAAGCCAGUCGCCAGACUAUAAAUUUCCUAAAUAGACUAUUACAAAGUCACCGAGCUAGUUAGUGACUCUAAACAAAUGUCAUAAAAGCAUGAAUAUCAUCCUUUAUUUGACAAGAGAUGUAUGUAAGUUUGUUUAAAUCGAUAUAAUUUUAGUGACAUUUUUAUAAGCUUCCCACUUUCCAUGAACCUAUAUUUUUUAUUUAUCCAAAGUGAUUUCUCUUUGUCCAUUUCUCUCAGCCUUAUGCAAACAAUAUGCAAGAAAUGCUGAAACUUGGAUAAAACGGGUCAUGCAGAGGGAAAAUGAAAGCUGAGAUGGAUCAUUUUCACGGGAAAAGGUUGUUAGUAGUUUCAAUACAAAGUACUACUACUAAACUGUAACAUAAGCAGACAAUAAAAGAGGGAUUUAAAAUAAAAUGGAUUCAUAAAACUA